UAUUGACGAACAAGAUCAUUCUGAUGAUAGAGCUUCCAGGCGGAACAUUUAUGUUGUGUCGUUCGUUUCCAUCCGGACGUCUUUAUCAAAGGGGAAACUGUCAAAUGACAAAAUGGUAAACACUAAGACCAUCUCCAUUUGACGCCGCAAGAUCCUCUAGCAUCCACCCAAAGGCUUCAGGCAGGACUUAAUCUCUGACGGCAGGAUGAAGGCUCCAUAAGGAUCCCGGUCCAGAUGUCGAGAUGUUUGGACCUAACUAGCAUAAGCUGUGAACGCAAGAUGGAGGGCCUGAUGCAGCUGGAUGUGGUGGGUGACAUCAGCCCAGCUCUGGAGGCCACGGAGGACUUCGCCGCCCCGGGUGGUCUCACUCCUCCCAAGAACCAGACCUGUGGGCAGCCCAAGAAGCUCCAGGAGACGUCGAGUGCCGCGCUGGCCAAACUGAGCUCCAGCGGCGUUUGGAGCCUCCUGGCCGGCCAGCAGCCUGAGGUGGGCCCGCUCGGGUUGGCCUGGGCCGACGGCCUGAGUGUGGUGGGCUUGCGGCCCGGCAAGAGGAGCCGGGCGCGAUCCACCAAUGACUUGGUGGCACAUGGCAAGGAAGGGGCCGCUCCAGCCGCCAACGAUACUACCACCGUCGCCUCGAACGCCGCCUUCAAGAAGGGACACAACAGGUCCAGAUCCGACAUCAACUACCGAACGGCCGAUUACACCGACAACGGACUCCCCUCUGUGGACAUCCUGAAGAACACAAUCUUAAACCACCAGAUGGAAGCUGAAAAGGGGAGCAGCAGUAGCAGCAUCGUGCUGAAGCAGGCCGAGAUGGAGUACCGGGAAGGUCCGCGGGGGCGCUGGAGUGAGUGCCACGUGGAGCUGACGCCCUGCGAGCUGCGCCUUUACACGUUGGACAGCAGCGCCAACCGCCAGCUGGGCAACGCCUACUCGCUGUCGCACUGCCAGGGCGUGGCGGCGCCGGCGCCCUGCCAGCCCGCCGACCCGCGCACCGUGCAGGCCGUCUUCUUCAAUAGCACGCGGGUGCAACUGCGGGCCGCCACCCAGUGGGAGGCAGCCGAGUGGCGGCGCCUCGUGUGGGAGAAGGUCCAGGUGGUGAGGCCCGCCCGGCAGCGCAAGGCGGUGACGGCGGAGAAGGCGGUCACCUUCCCCGACGCCCGCGAUGGCGCCCCGCCACUAAGCCGCCCCACCACCCUGCCCCUGUUUAGCCAGCGUUGCCAAGACGUUCUCAAAGCGGGCCUGCUGCAACAACUCCUCGACCAGAACAACUGGUGCGCCUUCACCUUUGUCUUGAGCAGAACCACCCUGCAGGCGUUCCCCACCGAGGGGCGCGGCCCCGUGUCACGCCCCCUCCGCCAGUACCCGCUGGCCUCCUGCUUGGGCGUGCAGCCGGACCCCGAGGUCCCGGAUCAGGGGGAGCGCUUCCAAGCCGUGUUCGCCGCCGACACGCUCCGACUCCGGGCCGACACUGCCGACAAGGCCCUGGAAUGGACGGAGGCCCUGAGGGGAGCGGUGGGCGCCCGGCAGCCAGCCCGGGAAGAAUGCGGUUCCCCGGUGCCGCAGGGGGUGCUGCUGAGGUCCAAAGAGAGGAGGCAGAGGGGGCAGAGGGCCAAGAGGCAGUCGGUCACCACCAGCUUUCUCAGCCUCCUCACCUGCGUCGCCCAGGAGAAAGGCCUCACCGCUCAGGGCUUCACGUGUGCAGGCUGCCAGCGUCCAGUGGGCGCUUCCAGGGGCAAAGCCAAAGUGUGCCACUACAGCGGCUGGUACUACUGCCAAAAUUGCCAUCAGGACAACACCUUCCUCAUCCCCGCCCGCCUGUUGCACAACUGGGACACCGGCAAGCACAAGGUGUCCAAGCAAGCCAAGGAGUUUUUGGAGUUUGUGUACGAGGAACCCCUGCUGGAUGUGCAGCAGCUGAACGGGGGUCUCUACGAGCACUGCGAGCCGCUCAGCGCCGUGCUGCGCCUCCGCCAGCAGCUGCAGUCGCUGCGCGCCUACCUGUUCAGCUGCCGCGCCACCAUCGCAGAGGAUCUGCGUCGAAGGAUUUUCCCUCGAGAGUAUUUGCUGCAGCACAUUCACCUCUACUCCAUCGCUGACCUGCAGCAGGUGAUCGAUGGUCAUCUGGCUCCCUUCCUAUCCAAAGUCAUCAAGUUUGCCAGCGCUCACGUGCUGGGGUGCACUUUGUGCCGACAGAAAGGUUUCAUCUGCGAACUGUGCCACAGCGGACACCUCAUCUACCCUUUCCAGGACAGCACCACCAGGAGGUGCUCGGGCUGCGGCGCAGUCUUCCAUGCAGAGUGUCGCCAGAAAUGUCAGCCGUGUCCCCGCUGUGUCCGACGCGAGCUCCACCACACCAAACGCCCAUCGUCCUUCUGGUCUCCCGACAGCGACGACCACCACCUGCCCUACCAGGACACCUGAGACGCUCCCACGAAAUGGCGCAUACAAGAUGGCGGAAGCGACGUCGGUCCAAGCCGUGCUCAAGUAAAAGACGCUUUGGGGAGCGUCAACGUUGCACAAGGACUUCUUUAUACGGGUUCACAAAAUGGCCGCCGCAUCGUCAAAAUUAUCACUGAGUCAUGUUGUGGAAAGAAAUAUCAUGGAUGAUUGUUAGAAGUAGUUUUUAAUCGCUAAACAGCGCCCCCUACAUUAUGUUUGUAUUAACUAUCAACAAGUUUAUCACUAGGGUGGUGCUAAGUGGUAUUACAACGCAUUAAUGUUGACCCUACUACUGCGACAGCGAGCCAUACAUUGCAAUUUUAUGUUUACUCAUAAAACCAACGACAACGAGCAUUUGUA